GCCCGCCCGCGCUGCGCGACAUGGCGGCGCUCUGAGGGCUGCAGCUCCCGGCCUCCAUCGCUACCUGGCCUCCAUCGCUCGCUUCCUCCGCCAUGAGGAACCUGCGGCUGCUGCGGGCCGGUGGGUGCCGCUCCACCGCCGCCACGGGCACCCCGCAGUGCUUCUGCCUCGGCGCCGAGCCCGGCGUGGUUCUCGUGGGCUCCCAGUACGGGCUCGUGGAGCUGCGCCCCGCCGGGGACUCGGUGUCAAGAGAAGUCUCCCUGACUGUGGAUGGGUUCUUGCCUGAAGAUGGAAGUGGCUGCAUUGUGGGUGUCGAAGAUCUUCCAGAGCAGGAGAGUGUGUGUGUUGCUACAGCAGCUGGAGACAUCCUACUCUGCAAUCUGAGCACAAAACAGGUGGAAUGUGUUGGAAGUGUGGACAGCGGUCUGAGUAUCAUGAGCUGGAGUCCUGACCAAGAGCUUGUUUUGCUUGCAACAGGUCAGCAGACACUCAUCAUGAUGACAAGGGAUUUUGAGCCAAUUACAGAGAAGCAAAUCCACCAAGAUGAGUUUGGAGAAGGAAAGUUUGUUGCUCUUGGCUGGGGUAAAAAGGAGACACAGUUCCAUGGAUCAGAAGGAAAACAGGCAGCACAUCGCAAACAGACGGAGGUGUUGCCGACAUCAGCCUGGGAUGAUGGCAGGCCUCGGGUGACAUGGAGAGGAGACGGGCAGUUUGUUGCAGUGAGUGCUGUCUGUCCAGAGACAGGUGCUCGGAAGGUCCGGGUAUGGAGCAGAGAGCUUGUGCUGCAGUCCACAAGUGAGCCUAUCUCGGGAUUAGAACAAGCACUGUCAUGGAAGCCCUCAGGAAAUCUGAUAGCAUCUACACAAGAAAAACCCAACAGACAUGACGUAGUUUUUCUGGAAAAGAAUGGACUUCUUCAUGGAGAGUUCACCCUCCCUUUCCAAAAAGGGCAGGUCAAAGUUAAUGAAAUGCUUUGGAAUGCAGAUUCUACAGUCCUGGCUAUAUGGCUGGAAGACCUGAAGGUGGAAAACUCCAACCCAAACACUUAUGUUCAGCUGUGGACCACAGGGAACUAUCAUUGGUACCUGAAGCAAAGUCUACACUUUCGUAACUUGAAGGAAAAUCAGUUGGUUUCACUGCUGUGGGACCGAGAGAACUUGUACAGACUACAUAUACUCUGCCAGGACUGGCAUUACCUCUUCUACGACUGGAAUUGGACUACAGACCAUGGGCUCGGGGAGAAUAGUCAACAUAUGGGAAAUGUGGCUGUUAUAGAUGGAGAUAAAGUGCUUGUCACAGCCUUCCAGCAUGCUGUGGUACCUCCACCCAUGUGUACCUAUGAGCUCCACCUCCAACAGGCAGUUAAUCAGAUUGCAUUUCACACAGAUCCCAAACAUAGUGGGGACAUGGCUGUCCUGGAUGCUGAUAACAGGAUCUCUGUAUACAGAUAUGGGCAGAGUACAGUGAAUGACGCUUCUGUCAAGUUUGGAGCUGUGGGAGGAAAUGGCUUUAAAGCAGCUGUGGAAACACCAUACUUGGAUAAAACCUACAGAGUUGAUGUGAGCAGCAGCAGCAAUGAAGUGAUGAAUCCUCUGGGGCUCCGAUUUCUCACCUGGCUGCCAGAUGACAGCUUCCUGGUUGUUGGUCAAGGUCAGCAUGCUGCUCAGUCUGUCCUUCACCAUCUGACUGCAGUGCCUCACGUGGCUGGAGCUGAAGAAGAAUGCCUGAACUUACGGUUGUCAGUGCCUGUUGAUGGAGAAGUGAUCAGCCUGUACUGCAGCCCAGUGACCAGAACUGUAGCUCUGCAGUUGACUGAUAGACGGAUCCUAAAAUACAUGUGGGAGGCUUCUACUCCAGUCCUUGAGCCCUGGUGGAGUAGCAGUAGCUCUGCUGUGCAGUUCCCCUACCGUUGUGUGCAGAUUUCCAUCACGAGGAUCAGCGGUGAAGAGGUGAUCUUGGGCCUCACGGAUCGAUGCCGGUUUUUUGUUAAUGAUGUUGAGGUUGCUUCUAACAUUACAUCAUUUGCAACAUACAAUGAGUUUUUGUUGGUGACAACCAACUCACAUACCUGUCAGUGCUUCUGCUUGAAGAACUUAUCAGUGAAGGCCCUCCAGGCUGGCCUGAGCAGUGCUGCUGUACCCAACAGUGAGACCCUGCGCAAGGUGGAGCGAGGCUCACGUAUCGUCACUGUUGUUCCCCUGGACACAAAGGUUGUGCUGCAGAUGCCAAGAGGAAAUCUGGAGACCAUUCACCACCGUGCUCUGGUUCUUGCCCAGAUUCGCAAGUGGCUAGACAGGCUGAUGUUCAGGGAAGCUUUUCAGUGUAUGAGGAAGCUGCGAAUCAACCUCAAUCUUCUCUAUGACCACAAUCCCAAGGUAUUUCUGGAAAACACAGAAACCUUUAUCAGGCAAAUAGAGUCUGUGAACUAUAUCAACUUGUUUUUCACGGAACUGAAAGAAGAAGACUUCACAAAGAGUAUGUACCCAUCUCUGAAUGGUAGCAGUAACAGCCAGCCACACCAGCAUCCUGAUCAGAAAAAAGUAAACCUCAUAUGUGAUGUGAUGAGAGUUGCCAUGGAACACAUUGACCCUCAAAAAUAUUGCCUAUCGAUACUGACAGCACAUGUAAAGAAAAGUCCUCCAGAACUAGAAAUUGCUCUCCAGAAGGUUCAUGAUCUUCGAGAAAGCAGCACGCCAGAUGUCCAAGCUGUGAGUGCAGAAGAAGCACUGAAGUACCUGCUUUUCCUUGUGGAUGUCAAUGAAUUGUACGAUUAUUCCUUGGGGACGUAUGACUUUGAUUUAGUCGUCAUGGUGGCAGAAAAGUCUCAAAAGGACCCAAAAGAAUACUUACCCUUCUUAAAUACCCUUCGGAAAAUGGAAACCAAUUAUCAACGAUACACAAUAGACAGACACUUGAAGAGAUACACGAAAGCUCUUGGCCACCUCUGCAAAUGUGGUCCUGAGCACUUCUCUGAAUUUCUGAACUUGGUGAAGGAUCAGAACCUGUAUUCUGAGGCCUUGAAGCUGUACCCCUCCAGCGCUCAGGAGUACAAGGAUAUCAGUGAUGCAUAUGGGGAGUACCUGAUUCAGAAGCAGCUGUAUGAACAGGCUGCAUUGAUAUUUGCUCGUGCUGGCAUCUUUGCAAAAGCACUUGAUGCUUUUCAGAGCAGUGGCAGCUGGCAGCAAGCCCUGUGCAUGGCAUCACAGCUUGGUUACACAAAGGAUAAGCAGUCCAGCCUGGCACGGGACAUGGCAGGAAAACUAGUUGAACAGAGAAAGUACGCAGAGGCAGCCAUACUCCUGGAGCAGUACACUCAGGACUAUGAGGAGGCUGUUCUCCUGCUCUUAGAAGGGGCUCUUUGGGAAGAGGCUUUGAGGCUGAUUCACAAGUAUAGUAGAUUGGAUAUCUUAGAGACCAACUUAAAACCUGCUAUUUUGGAAGCUCAGAAGAGUCAGCUGAUCUUCCUAGAUUCCCAGAAAACAGCAUUUCUUCGCCAUAAAAGUCGCCUGCAAGUGGUGCGAGAGCUGAAGGGGAAGGCCUGUGAGAACCUGCAGGAUUAUGAAGUGCCAAAUUGCCCAGAAUUGGAGCUUUUCUCUGAAACCAGCAGUGUUGUGACAGCCAGUGACAUGAACAGCAAAUACUCACACAGCAAUUCAAGAAUAUCAGCGCGAUCCUCAAAGAACCGACGCAAGGCGGAGCGUAAGAGAUACAGCCUGAAGGAGGGGAGUCCUUUUGAGGAUAUUGCCCUUCUGGAAGUCCUGGGAGAGAGUGUUCGUGCUGUUGAGACUGUGAAAGGAGAGAUACACAUCCUUCUGAAGCAGCUUGUGCUCUUUGGUUAUGAUGAGCAAGCUGGGGCACUGCAGAAAGUCCUGGAAGAGGUUUUGCAGUUGAUGGAGACCUCAGUCUCAGAAAUCUGGACUUCAGACCUGCAACAGAGCUCUGUCAGCCUGGUCUUGGGACCCAAUUCAACUGCAAACAGCAUUAUGGCUGCCUAUCAGCAAAAGAGGAUGGUGCCUCCAGUUGUACAAGAUCCAGAAGUACUGACUCCACCGAAAUUCAAUAAAAAUCUACAGUGGAAACUGCAUCUUCUCCAGUAACCAGAAGCCAAGGAAUUCCUCUGGACUCUGAACUCUAAACUUUUCACAUAAUUUCAUUAUAUCUUUGCAGAAGCCGUUGCUGUUCUGGUGUUUCUGAUACACUGUUCUUAGGGCUGUGCGAGUGAAGGGUCCCUCUGCCUGGUGCAGCUGUGACUGGGACCCGUUUGGUGUCACGCUUAUGGGCACAGCCACUCACAUCCACUGCAGAGGUGGCUUGUGAGGCUGGGGAGCAAAAGGUUACGCAGCUCUGAAAGCUCCUACCACUAUUCCCCCGUCUGGAUGAAGCAAUCCCACCAGUAUUGGAUGGGUUAUCUUCUCUGCCAUCCCUUCCUCGCAGAGUUGAUACCUGCCAUGAUGACAGGGCACAUUUUAAGCACUUCAGCCUGCUUUAGAGAGCUUGCCUGUAAGACUGUAGCAAUAGCAAAUGGCUGUAGUUGCUGAACAAAUUUUGUGUUUUCUCUGCUGAAGCUGGGUGUUGCUGAUACCAGAUUUUCAUCAUUGCUUUGUUACAUCAGAGUGAAUCCUGCAGUGCCAACAGCCAUUGCUGUAUUGAAACUGGGCCCAUUCACACCAGGGAGGGCUUGGACAGAGGAAAACAUGAAUAAAAGCAGGGUGGUGGCAUUGUCACGCUCUGCUGGGUAAUACCACCCUAAUUAUCUGAGAUCAAAGAUAGUCUAACGCUGCUUUAUGACACUGACAGAUCAGCAGGUGUUCCCUGGUAAUGCUGUGCACUAUUGCAGAACUGUGUCAUCUGGAAACUGGUCUUGUGCUGAGAAUUAGGUUUUACCCCAGAAUACUUCUGCGAUCUGGUGCGAGAAAUAACAGCAGCAGUUCUGGGAGCAGAGGGAGAGACAAGGCUGGAAACCUUUUCAUUGGUAGCAUCCCCUUCCUGGUUAAUUUUGGCCUGGUAGCUGCAGUGUUCAGGCCAUUUCUGCUGGGUGCUGCAGAAAAACACUGCUCAAACAAGGGGCUUUACUGUAUGUUGGGGGUGUUUAAUGGCAUGGCAGCAAGCUGUGUUCCGACUGCACAGCAUGACCAUGUCCAGUGCUGCAGGUCACUCCUCUUGUGUGGCAAGAACUCCAUUGAACUGGGGUGGCCAUGUGGUCUUGCACCAUGUUGUGCUGUCUUGGGCUUGCUGGAGGGGAGUGGUAAAAGCCUUUUGUCAGUCUGAAGCAUUGGAGCACAUCUUGUUUCCACUUGUUCUGAGUUGCAUGGCCUGUUCUGGGUUCUGUGGGGACGACUUAAACUUGUUGUCAAGUACUGUGACUACACUUGAAAGAGAUUCUCCAAGACUAAAUAAAGCGUUUUGAGAUGGCAAAACACAUGAAA